GCCGAGGCACACAGAGCGAGCGCACAGCGCGAGCGCGAGCCGGGGCUGCUGGCGGCCACGCAACUUCCGCUCCUUGAGCUCCCGCUCCCAGCGCGCGCCGCCCGCGAGCGAUCGGCCGGCACCGGCUGAGGGGAGGGAGGCCGCCCCGCUCCCCCGUGCCUCACAGCCCCGCUCCCCGGGCCGGCCGGCCGGACCCGGCGCCGCCGGGGGGGAGAGGCGGCAGCCCCCGGCCCUGAGGGGAGAGGCAGGACCCUGAGCCCGCAGCCUGAGAACGGCCGCCCCCAGCUCCAUGAAUGGAAAUCGGCAGCGCAGGACCCGUCGGGGCACAGCCCCUUCUCAUGGUGCCCAGACGUCCCGGCUAUGGCACCAUGGGCAAACCUAUUAAAUUGCUGGCCAACUGCUUCCAAGUUGAAAUCCCAAAGAUUGAUGUCUACCUCUAUGAGGUGGAUAUUAAACCAGAUAAGUGUCCUCGCAGGGUGAACAGGGAGGUGGUGGACUCCAUGGUGCAGCAUUUUAAAGUGACAAUAUUUGGGGACCGGAGACCAGUUUAUGAUGGGAAGAGAAGCCUUUAUACAGCCAAUCCACUCCCUGUAGCAACCACUGGGGUAGAUUUGGAUGUAACAUUACCAGGAGAAGGUGGAAAAGAUCGUCCCUUCAAGGUGUCAAUAAAGUUUGUUUCUCGGGUGAGCUGGCACUUGCUGCAUGAAGUUUUGACAGGAAGAACCUUGCCUGAGCCUCUGGAACUAGACAAACCAAUCAGCACUAACCCUGUUCAUGCUGUCGAUGUGGUGCUACGACACCUACCCUCCAUGAAGUAUACCCCUGUGGGCCGCUCCUUUUUCUCAGCUCCAGAGGGCUAUGAUCACCCGUUGGGAGGGGGCAGGGAAGUAUGGUUUGGAUUCCAUCAGUCUGUUCGGCCUGCCAUGUGGAAAAUGAUGCUUAAUAUUGAUGUUUCUGCCACUGCCUUCUACAAAGCACAACCUGUAAUUCAGUUCAUGUGUGAAGUUCUCGACAUUCAUAACAUUGAUGAACAACCAAGACCUCUGACUGAUUCUCAUCGGGUAAAAUUCACCAAAGAGAUAAAGGAAUGCAGCAUGUCUAACUGUACAGUGAGCAGCUGUCACUCUACUUCACCAACACAUCUCAGUCAUUGUAAUAGAAAUAGCCACUGUAAGAAAACACUGCAAGGUCUGAAGGUUGAAGUGACUCACUGUGGAACAAUGAGACGGAAAUACCGUGUUUGUAAUGUAACAAGGAGACCUGCCAGUCAUCAAACCUUCCCUUUACAGUUAGAAAACGGCCAGACAGUUGAGAGAACAGUAGCACAGUACUUCAGAGAGAAGUAUAACCUCCAGCUGAAAUAUCCUCAUCUUCCUUGUCUACAAGUGGGACAGGAGCAGAAACAUACCUACCUGCCUCUAGAAGUAUGUAACAUUGUGGCAGGCCAGCGAUGUAUCAAGAAGCUAACAGACAAUCAGACAUCAACCAUGAUCAAAGCAACAGCAAGAUCUGCCCCAGAUAGACAAGAGGAAAUUAGCAGAUUGGUAAGAAGUGCAAACUAUGAUGCAGAUCCAUUUGUUCAGGAGUUUCAGUUUAAAGUUCGGGAUGAGAUGGCCCAUGUGACAGGGCGCGUGCUUCCAGCUCCAAUGUUGCAGUAUGGAGGACGGAAUCGAACAGUGGCAACCCCAAGCCAUGGCGUAUGGGAUAUGCGAGGGAAACAGUUUCACACUGGUGUUGAGAUCAAAAUGUGGGCCAUAGCUUGCUUUGCAACGCAGAGACAAUGCAGAGAAGAAAUACUGAAGGGUUUUACAGAUCAGCUGCGCAAGAUUUCGAAGGAUGCAGGGAUGCCGAUCCAAGGCCAGCCAUGUUUUUGCAAAUAUGCACAGGGUGCGGACAGUGUGGAGCCGAUGUUCCGACACCUUAAAAACACCUACUCCGGGCUCCAGCUCAUCAUUGUCAUCCUGCCAGGGAAAACACCUGUAUAUGCGGAGGUGAAACGUGUGGGAGAUACGCUGUUGGGGAUGGCCACGCAGUGCGUUCAAGUCAAGAAUGUCAUUAAAACAUCUCCUCAGACUCUCUCAAACCUGUGCCUAAAGAUUAAUGUUAAAUUAGGAGGAAUCAACAACAUUCUUGUACCUCAUCAACGACCUUCUGUGUUCCAACAACCGGUGAUCUUCUUGGGAGCAGAUGUCACUCAUCCGCCUGCUGGGGACGGAAAGAAGCCUUCCAUUGCUGCUGUUGUAGGUAGUAUGGAUGCUCAUCCAAGCAGAUAUUGUGCCACAGUGAGAGUUCAAAGACCUCGGCAGGAGAUUAUCCAAGAUUUGGCCUCCAUGGUAAGAGAACUUCUCAUCCAGUUCUACAAGUCAACGCGAUUCAAACCCACACGUAUCAUCUUCUACAGGGAUGGGGUUUCUGAAGGACAAUUUCGACAGGUGUUGUAUUAUGAGCUGCUAGCAAUUAGAGAGGCCUGCAUCAGUCUGGAGAAAGAUUACCAGCCAGGAAUAACCUACAUCGUAGUACAGAAACGACACCACACGCGAUUGUUCUGUGCGGACAGAACUGAAAGGGUUGGAAGAAGUGGCAACAUUCCAGCUGGAACAACUGUAGAUACAGAUAUUACACACCCAUACGAGUUUGAUUUUUACCUCUGUAGCCAUGCUGGAAUACAGGGUACCAGCCGUCCCUCACACUAUCAUGUUUUGUGGGAUGAUAACUGUUUUACUGCAGAUGAACUUCAGCUGCUGACUUACCAGCUCUGCCACACAUAUGUGCGUUGCACACGUUCUGUUUCUAUACCUGCACCAGCGUAUUAUGCUCACCUGGUAGCAUUCAGAGCAAGAUACCAUCUUGUGGACAAAGAACAUGACAGUGCUGAAGGAAGCCAUGUUUCAGGACAAAGCAAUGGGAGAGACCCACAGGCCCUUGCUAAGGCUGUACAGAUUCACCAAGACACCUUACGCACCAUGUACUUCGCUUAAAUAAAUCAAUAAAAUCGGAGCAUACUCACCGAAAGGAAGAACUGAAAAAUUAAGCCACAUACAAUGUAUGUUUCCGGUGGGGUCAGUUUAUGGGGUGCGCCUCCGAUCAUGCUGAAGCCGACACUGUGCAGGGGCAAGGGGCUAAUCCUUAAAUUGACACGAGGAGGAUUGUUUACUUCAUCGAGGAACACAGCACUAUUAUGCAAUAUGAAACCAGCCAACUGCUUUUUUGGGGCGGUCUUCUGUAGGAAGUGCCGUUGUCAUCAGUUAUUUUUUUUUAUUUCUUGUAGUCUAACCCUUUUAUGCCUUUACCUCAAGUUGCUUGGCAGCACAACUAUCUUUGCAAAAAACGUUAAUGAUGUAGUUAAAAAAAAACCACAAACGACCUAUAGAGCAAUCACAAUGAUUGUUGAGGGGGGAAGUGUGCAAGAAAUAGCCUUUUGUCUUUACCCAAAUGCAUUGAGGAGGCUUUCUCUCAUUUUUGCCAUCAGCAUUUGAAUGGGAACAUAUCCAAGUACAUUUCAAUGUACAGCACUAACUAGAAAAAAUUAGGGGAAGGGUUUUGCACACAUUGGUCCAUUAAUCUGAACGUAAUUUAGCCAACUGCUGCCUUUGUGUCUUUCUUCACAGUUUGGAGUCCUCAACUCCAAUAGCUCCCUUUAAAAAAAGCUAGUGGUGUCUGUGCAGCAGUAGUGAUCCAAACUCUUCUUGCUCCCUGGUGAGUUUACUAAAGCUGCUGUUUUACCUUGUCCAGAAGUUUCAACUAAUGCUCUAUCUGGCAAGUCGUAAAUAUAUUUUGAGCUUCAUGCAAGAUCAGAUGUUCCUUGUUUUAUGGGUUACACACAGUAAACACCAGAAACAAAACUUUAGAGUUGAGGUCUUUAUUUGCUAGUUUACUUGCUGCCUCUUACACCUUAAUGUGAUUUCAUACAUAUGUGUGUGUUUUUGAAGUUUAGCUUCUUUUUCUUUUAUAUUUAUUAGAAUAAUAAUAAUGCUUUAAUUUAAUUAUUACAGAACAUAUGGGCAACAUCAAUUUUUAUUUUUAGAAAUGUAACCAUGUUUAUUUUAAAAAAACAACUGACAACUUGUUUUUGCUAUCUUUUAGUGCAAUAAGCCGUUCUAAAGGAAAAAUGUGUCCGUUUAGCUGUAUUAAAGCGGCGUUUGUACCACUAACUGUGGGAGAAUGGACACCUCCACAAUUUUAAAAGGACAAAGUAAAAGCCUUAAUUUCAAAAGGAAAGUUUUAUAGUCAUCAGGAGUCAUGCAUGUUCCUUUUCUAAAUCAAACCAGCUAAGAACAGCAAAACCUUUGCUUCUAGGAUUCUGCAAGCUUUAAUAUUGGCAAUCAAUGCAGUAUUUUGAUUUAACAAAGGAAUUGUGUACAUUUUUGGGUUUAAAAGACUGCAGUUAUUUGAACUCAAGUGAAGACUUUUCAUUGAAGAUCCAGGUUUUCAGAUGCUUUCUUUAAUGUAGCUGACAUUAAUCAUAAAAAAUGUCUUAAGAAGUUAAUGAAGUUCUUAAGCAAUUUUUGCUUAUUUCAUGUUCAGUGGCUUUCCUUUUAAAAUUAAGGUGUUGGUGGCUUCAUUUCACUUUACAAAUAAAUUAAGAGGGCUGGGAUAAUUUUAACAAGUUAAAUCACUGAAAUGUGAAACAAAACAUUAAUGGGACUUUUGUUCAUUCCACUUUAAAGUUAAAACAAGUAUUUUAAAGAUGAUAGAGAUGAGCAUGUAUUCAGUACGUCUGGGCAUCGGGGAGUUUUGCACUUUGUAACCUCGUGAACUGCAUUUUUGACUGUUUUAUUUGCACUGGUUCAUAGUAUAUAUGCAUAUAUACUGCAGAUUGUUUAUAUGGGCAUUGCUGUUAUCCCAGCCCUUCUAAACUCCACCUGCUCUUCACACGAAAACCAAUGGGUUUGUUUAAGUAUCUCAUUUGUCUCUUGUCCUUCUUGUGUAAUCCACUAUAUUUGCCAAUUUACUGUAUUUUGAGCCUAAAAUCUGAGCCCGUUUUGCUUUAACAGGCAUGCAUUUCUCCCAUUUCUGCCAGAAAACUAAGUACUGUAUUUUGUGCAUUUGUACAUUGUAUUGAAAUGUAUGUAGUGCUGUUCACAACACUGUCUCAAAGCGCUUUACUAAAUAGUUGGUGUAUAUACAUAUAUAUUUUUCUCCCAAUAUCAAGAAACAUAAUGCAAAGAAACUAAUUUUUUGCAUAGUUUAAAAUUGCACUGGAAAUGGUCAUGCUGGUGGGCAGUGUACCUAGCGGCUUGGCAGAAAAGGGGACUAUUGUAACAGAUCUCUGUGUAGCCAACAAGCUCUUAGGAGUCUCUUUCAUUGAUAGUGGGAUUAUAUUCAUUCAUCAGUGGGACUGCAGAUUCCUAACUGAAGUGUCCCAGUGUUCUCUGGCUGCUUCAUGCACUUAUCUUUCAGCUCCUUUGAAUAAAACUGCUGCAGGGAUGUCAAUAUAAUGAAAUGAUUGGAGCAAGAUGGUUUCCAAACAAAUCUCUCUAUCUUUUAUUCUGUAACUUGUCAGAAAGUAACUCUUAGAAGAGCUCUAGCUAGUAGACCCAUUUAGAAAAGGCCCAGGUUUGGCUUUUUAUAUAAGAUUAAUUUUUUUAAAAUUGAAGGGGCUUUUUUAGAAAAACCUGCUUUACAAGGACUUUUUGUGAACUGGCAUUUUGAUGAAAAGCCCUUUUUAAAAAAAUAUGGCCUUUAACUCUUCUUUUAAAGACACUAUACAGUUUCUAGUCUGCCUACACUCAGUGACUAUGAUUUGAAAGUUUUACGUUACUUUGCUUGCUGCUUUCACCAAAAAUUUAAAUAUAUGUAAAAAUCCAUUGGGGAAAUGACUUUAAAAUGUUUGCUCAGCAGGCCAGUGUAACUGGUUUUCAUGUGAAGAGAAGUUGGGAGUUUUAAUCUCUAUAUUCUUAGUUUUGCAAAUGUCUACAUAAAGUGCCGAUACGUAUAUUUGUAUUACAAUAUCAAGUUACUGGCGUUGUGAGGGCCACACGUUUAUGAUACUGUAGCUGCUAUAUUUAUUUAAAUGGAGACGGACAAUUACUGCACUAGGAAAUGAGGAGAUGAGCAGGAACCAAGGCUUAGAGUUUAGAUGUGGUAUCUCGUUUUUCAAAAGAAAAUUAACAGUGUGAAAUACCAAGUGUAACAAAGGGUGCUGUCAUUUUAAUUGAGAUUAAAUAGCCAGAUAUUCUUCCUUUGUCUAAAGACUUAUAUAUAUUUUGAUGUUUGCAGUUUAGGGGGUGGGGGGAUAAAUGGUACCUCAUCUGUGGUGGCAGUUUCCAGUAUAUUUUCAUGGGAGUAUAUGGAUUUUUUAUUUUUGUACCUGCUCUCCUUUAAAGAAAAGUUUUUCUCAAGUUUUAUGUGCUUUUUAGAGAAAUCUCAAGUGCAACACACAUGAUCCCUUUAUCUUUCCAGGAGCACUCUGUAUAUAGCCCAAACAGGGAUGUGGGCAAAGGCUGACAGUUCCACUCUGCGGAAACAUUGGCCUCAUUUGUGCAUACAUCUGUCUAAAACAGUGGUUCCCAAUCUUCUCAGACACUGUACCAGUUUACCAGACUAAGACUUUACUUUGUACUAACAAGUGCCACUAACCUCCCAAACAAUGGGGGCAUACACUUGGACACCCAGCACAAAAUUUGGGGUGGGCAACCAAGGAUGCUAGCCACACACACCUGAAAUAACAAUACUGGUACAUGUACCAAUUUGUAGGAACCACCGUCCUAGAAAUGGCAGUGCUUCUCCUAAGGUUAACAGAAGGGUUUUUGGUAAUGGCGGUUACUUUAAAUAUGUGAUCUAGUGAUUAGUGGAUGCAACUUUGGAAAGAAUUUUUAGUAGUUUGAAUUGUUAAACUCUUGCUACAUCUGCUAACAGCACGACUGACAACUCCACUCAAACAAAGCAGCUUUGAUUUGUGGGGCACUUCCACUGUGGCCAUUUUACUCAGGAUUGUUUGAUGGCUGUCAAAUGUUAAACCAUUUAGUUGAAAUUAUGCAAAGGUUAUUUCCCUAGGAUUCAUUUUGGGAUGCUUUUAGACGGUAGUUUAGCCCUUGUAACAGCUUUUAAGUUAAAAUGGAUUCCUGAAGCUUGUCAGUCAAAUUCUUUCAAGAUGCCAUUGGUCCUAAAUUAUUUCCAUUUCUUCUUUUUGUGCAGAUACUUGUUGGAUUAAUGUUUAGGCACAGGACAUUAGGUGAAUAAUCACCUCUGUACACAUCUUAGCUGCUUAUGUUGGUUUUUUACUAGUGCUCAAAUGCACAAUAGUGUGAAAUUUCCAAGCUUCAAUUUCAAAAGUAUGAGGCCUUUCUGGAUUUAUUUACAUUUUACUCGUACCUUGAAACUUGUCGACCUUUGUGUUCUCAGUUUUGUGAACUGAUGGGAUAACCUUUCUCAAAGCACUUUUCAUAACAGAGAAGUCAAAGAAGCACUGAUUAUAUACAUUGAAACCAUAACUUUUCAUUUCCAAACGGUCGUCUUGAAGUUUCUUUUCAUGCCAGACAAAUGCUCCGUCAGCUGCAGUGUUGUGGAGUAAAUGUGGCUGCCACUGGCCAGUUAAUUUUAUCAAAUAGAAAAUCCAUGUAGAUGUCAAAGGGACAAAUAUUCCUGGCUUACUUCCUACCCAAAGAUGGUACUUGAAUUUGACAUUGUGUAUGGGGUACCAUUUGUGUUUUGGCACAUCUUUUAAUUAUAAAAACUUCACUUAGCCAAUUCGCUCAGAUAUCUAUUAUUUUUGUAAAAACGAAAAAAAUUAGGUUAAGGCGAGUACUAAUCUCAGUGUUUUCUGCUAGUAGAAAAUCUUUGUAACUUUACAAUAGUUGUGAGGUGUGAAUCUGAUGUGUACAGGACCCUAUGUUUUACCUGUCUAGCAGAGUCUCAAGAAUACAAUCACUAGAACACUGAGGUUUAAAAUUAGUUUGUGGCCUGAGAAGCCUAUGGGAAGCAGUGGGUGUGGCGGGUAGGUGAAGGUUUGCAAAGAAGCAAACCAAUGAAGCAUCACUGUUACAGAAACUAGGGAGUUGGCGGAGAGACUCCAUACCAAUCACCUUUCCAGCCAUGUGCCCCUAGACUGUGUUAGAAUUCUGUCUGAGAUCCUCUCAUUCUAACAUGGGUAAAAAGAAAAGGAGGACUUGUGGCACCUUAGAGACUAACAAAUUUAUUUGAGCAUAAGCUUUCGUGAGCUACAGCAUGAAGUGAGCUAUAGCUCACGAAAGCUUAUGCUCAAAUAAAUUUUAGUCUCUAAGGUGCCACAAGUACUCCUUUUCUUUUUGCGGAUACAGACUAACUCUGAAACCUAACAUGGGUCAUUAUUGUAGUGUCCUGUUAAAGCAAAGAAGUUCCACUGUUAAAACUUGGAGCAAUUUUAAAUUUUUUUUUUAAGCAAGACAGUCCUCAGAAAGUGCCUUUUCAGAAGAUGGUGCUGUAGAUUUUUAUGUUCAAAUUGUACAUGGCUGAAAAUUUGAGAAAAAUUAUUGAAAAUGCCAAGUGUUUGGUAUCAUUUUAUAUAUCUUCAAGCAGCAGUUUCUGAGUCAGGACCAAGAAUAACCGAGGAAGGGUGUAUUCAGAAGGAGGGAAAGGUAUUGAGGAGCGAUCACCAAAUUCAACUUUUAGGCUUGAAGUAGUUUGGAUUUUAUUUAAUGUAACUAACCACUUCCUAUUUUAAAGGAGGAUGCAUUGGGGGAGGAAAGGGGGAGAAACAGCGCAGAACACUUCAGGCAGUGGUGUAGUUAAUAUUUAAAUGGGAUCAUAGAUGAUCAAAGGACAUGUCGUCAUUUUUGGAGAUGAAGUAAAAUUCUCUGGAGGCUUAUAAUGAGAUAGUAAGUCCUACUUUGAGUAGACUUCACCCAACCUGUAUUUUAAGAGAGUAAUGUUUACAUGCUAAUGGAACUUCUAAUGACUUAAUAGGGACUUUUCAUAAUAUAAGUGGUAAAUGUGUUUGGAUGAUUGUUGGUGCCCUGUUUUUACAGUGCUAAAAGAUGUUGUGGAACCCCUGUUGACUUUGGUGAGCAUUCCUCCAGUCAAGAAGAGUUGUAGACUAGACUAAUAAACACUGCACCUCAGUAACCUUGUAAUGCUGCAUAAAGUAAUAAUAAUGGCAAAGUUCUGCCUUGAUUUCACUGUAAUGUGCUUGCACAUGCCUGCAAAAAUACACACACAAGUUUCAUUUUUGUAAUGCCUUAAUAGCAGUUAAAAGAUUUUUUUUUUAAAAGAUGAGGUUUGUCCUUUAUUGUGGUGUUUCCUUAUAUUUAUUGGUAAUUUGUGUGCAGCUUGUAGUUUCAUGUGUUUGUCCUGAAUGUUGCUUUUCAACAGUUUUUUUUUUUUAGGAGGGAGUUGUUUCUAGGUGUCUUUUUCUUUGUGAAAUCAUAACUUUACUAACGAUUGAGGAGAAACUGAAUGAAAUGAUCAGGACAUAAAACAGUAGCUGGAUUUGAUUUAGAAUUCUGAUGUGCCCUUUUCUGUGUUCAGUUUAUUUCUGUAAAUGCAGUACUGGUCUUUAACAUGUAUAAAACAGUUCUAGAUCAUCUGAGAAUACUGGUCUCUCUCUAUGUUAAGCAAGAUGUUUUCAAGAGUCAGAAACAUUAAUCUGAAACUCCCACUUUUACUGAUAAAUGGCAUAUUUGCUGGAAUUGGUUUAUUCAGUAAAUGUAUCAGUUUUUCUAGUAUGAUUAAGCAGUGUCAGCACCUUUAUUUUAAAUAUUAAUUUGGAAUUGCUCACUUAAGUUCAAGUAAUUAAUCUAUUCAAAUUGUAAAGUGGGCAUAGUGAUCCUUGCUCGAACUUUUAGGUCUUUAGGGAAAAAGAGCACUGUCAAGUUAAUCCAUAAUUAAAAAUACUUGCUUAUUACUUAAUGUAGGUUAUAAAAAUGAAUUUUAAAGAACUAAUUUAUUUUUCUCUGUUUUUGCUGUCUUUUGCUUCUAGUUCAACUUAGACAAAGAAAUUAGUUAGUUUAUAGUAACUUUAUAGUCAGAGCAAUAUUGGCAUUUAAACCUUCCUCUACAGUGAUUUCACCUAAACUGUUUUUUCUUUUAAAUCAUAAAUUCCUGAAAGCAUUUCUUGUUUAGGUUUUAUUACAGUUUAUUCCACAAAACCUAAAUUCAGGGCCAAAACUACCUUACUUUUGUCCCAUUAGUAACAGCCAUACCUUUAUUUUACAGAUUGAAAAGGACCAAAAAUUCUUGUUCCAUCAUUUUUUCAUGCAAAGAUAGACCCUGCAUCUUUUUUUCCAUUGCCCAUAGCCAAUUUUAUGACUUUUAACCAAUCCAGAAGUUGCUGAGAUCCAGUAAGAUUUCAGUUCUUGUCUUUUUUGCUUUCCAUACUUUGUAAAUAUGGCUACAAAAGUCUAAAGAGAUGUAAUAAUUUAAAUUUGGUGAUAUUGUUUUUAUUGGGCACAAGCCCUUACUAAUCAGUCAUACCUGGAUUAAAAUGUACUGUGGCAUAUGUAUGUAAUUACAGUAGAUCUGUAUUACUCAGCAGCAAGUGUGUGAAGUUUUAAAACACCCAGUUUAAGCUUAAACUAAAAAAUUGCUGAUGGUGCAGACACUCUCUCAUGAAAUAUUUUCAGUAGGAAAAAUAAUCUAGUGCAUAUGUCUGGUUUUAAUUCAUCCUCCUUGCUGAUAGAGACUUGGUGAGUGAACAUUUUCUGGAAUAAAUUGUAUUGUUGGUAACAGGUUGUGCUGGAGUAAUGAUUAAACCAAGCUGACUGAAUUAUGUUAGGAGUCUUGUCACUUUUCUUUCCUAUAUUACUGAAGUAGAGAACAAUGGCCGUGAUGACAGUCACAUCAAACCAACAAUAGAGAGCUGUCAAAAGCAGUGCAAGGGGGAAAUUAGUGUUUAUAUUUAAAACUGUGUAAGCAAUGGAAAGCUAAGGUUUCAGAAAGAACCAUGUGCGGCUCAGAACCUUGUGAACCUGUAUUUUCAUGUUUAGAUCACCAAAAGGAAAAAGCCUCUUGCAUUUGGCCACUUUAAAACAACCACAGGAGGGGAAAGAGCUUUUUUCAAAUGAGUGCCUGUGUUCCUUCUACCACAUAAGAAUGCAGAGAAGCAGCUAGUAAUGCCCUUGGGCGCUGUACAUUUGAAUGUAAAAUUAUAAAGAACAACAUUUUUAUUUUGCUUUUACCUAAACGCUGCUACUUUAAAUACUUAGUUAAAAUCUGAUACAUUGGUGCAAUUUGAAACCCUACAGCCAAAAGAUUUCAUGUGUAAGACCAUAACAUUUAAUUACUGUUGAAGGUUGUUGGCCACAGUCUUCAGCAGCUGAUACUGCAGUGUACAUAGCCAUCCAGAGACAGAGCAGUCAGUUGCAGUGUUCAUCUUCCAUGGCAUUGCAAUUGGUGCUACUCAUGUUCAGCUUUUAACCUACCUUCCCUUUUCUUCUAAACAAACUCACUCACCAUACUAUGCCCGCAUGGGAUAUCCAUUUCUAUCUGCAACAAUUUUGUUACCCUUUGGAAAACAAGGGUUUAGUUAUUGGACUAGUGAGUGUUAAGGCAAUGAGUGAUGGUUUGUGGUGAAGCAACUGCUAAUAGAGAAACCCAGGAAGGGUUUAAACAGAAUUUUGUAGGGUAAGCUGCAUUCUGCUCUGGUUCUUCAAAGAAUUGGUAGGAAUCUCAAAAGGUGAUUUGAGCACUCUUAAAACAUUUAUCUAUCUUGCAGGAAUUAUUUGAGCUGAUACUGAGAACCCAGCAAGCGUUUUGCCUUUUUCUGAUCAAGAACAGAAGCUAGAAGACAAUUUACACUUGCAGCAUUCCCAAAUAGAUAUGCUAUGGUUAAGAUUUUCAUGCACUAAACUUAAAACUGAGAUUCUUCUUUCAUUUUCCUUAGCCCACUGUUACAAUGCUAAUAUUUUAAAAUUUUCAUGUCACUUUUUUGUUAAGGAAUGUGCACUCUGAAUGGGAUUACGCAUGAAUUUAUAGAGUUUGUUACCCUUUCAGGUACUUUUUGAGCUAAAACAACGAGUCCUCGUGGCACUUUAGAGACUAACAAAUUUAUUUUGGCAUAAGUUUUCGUGGGCUAGAACCCACUUCAUCAGAUGCAUGGAGUGGAAAAUAGAGUUUGUGUGUGUGUGUAUAUAUAUAUACACACACAUAGAACAUGAAAAGAUGGGAGUUGCCUUACCAAGUGGGGGGGGGCAGUUUAAUGAGACAAUUCAAUUAACAGUAGAAUAUCAAGGGAAGAGAAAUCACUUUUGUAGUGGUAAUGAGGGUGGCCCAUUUCAAACAGUUGACAAGAAGGUGUGAGUAACAGUAGGGAGAAAUUAGUAUGGUAAAAUUAGAUUUUGUAAUGACCCAUCCACUCCCAGUCUUUAUUCAGGCCUAAUUCGAUGGUGUCCAGUUUGCAGAUUAAUUCCAGUUUUGCAGUUGCACAUUGGAGUCUGUUUUUGAAGUUUUUUUGUUGAAGAAUUGCCACUUUUAAGUCUGUUAUUGAGUGACCAGGGAGGUUGAAGUGUUCUCCUGCAGGUUUUUGAAUGUUGUAAUUCCUGAUGUCAGAUUUGUGUCAAUUUGUUCUUUUGCAUAGAGACUGUCCAGACACACAUCUGCAUCUGACCAGUCACACACUUUGCUUGAUUCUUUUGGAGCCUGGCUGUUUUUUUUCCUGGCAACUAUGAGGGACAUUUAAGAAUGUGGUAUAACAAAUGUAGGAGCACAACAAACUGGCCUGAUUUAAGUGGAAGCCUUGUGGUGAAAAUUCUAUGCCACAAUUACCUCUGUAAAAAUUAUUUUGCCAGCAGCUAAGGUGGGGUUGGUCUAUAUAAAGAAUUUUGUAAUGUCUUGGGUGUGAAAGGUUUGAGAAGAAAAGUACCUUCUCUUCUAUACCAAGGUACUAAUAUAGAGCAGAUCUGUGUAUACUACAUGCUGUGCAAAAGCACUUACUUGUACCUGUUUCACCAUUGAGUUCUGGAUGCUAGUUUUUAGAGUUGAAGCUGCUGUGAAGGUGGAUUUUCAAAAUGUGGAGGGAAAAUUUCAGAUGGACCAUACUGAAACAAUUUUGAGACCAAAAAGAACGAGGAGUACUUGUGGCACCUUAGGGACUAACAAAUUUAUUAGGGCAUAAGCUUUCGUGGUGGUUAGUCUCUGAGGUGCCACAAGUACUCCUCUGUCUUUUUGCUGAUACAAACUAACACGGCUGCCACUUUGAAUUUUGAGACUGUGGCAUGGUCUGUAGCCAGGCACUCCAGAAUUCAAAUUCUUGCUGUAACAUAAACUCCCUCUGUGUCUCUGGGUUAGUCACUCUGCCUCAGUUGCACCAUCUGUAAAAUGUGGGUAAUACUGCACGCUGUUUUAUAAGGACUAAGUAUUACAUGUUUUGAAGAUGAGUAAUGCUAUAGAAGUACUAAAUUAUUAAUACAUCUAAAUUGAGGUAUCUUUUGUAAAUUUUCAUCUCCAUUUAUCAGUCCUGUAUUUUGUUUAAUGUUUCUCCCAUCUACCUGCUCUAGGGGUGGUGCCAUGGACCCAGGGUGUGGUCUUCGUGCAUGCGUCGUAUCUGCUCUGGGAGUUACCUGUUGGGAAAGCCAGCAGUACUGGGUCUAUAAUGCUGACUUUGUACCUAUCAUUUUUCUGACAACAGGAAUGUUUUUUUGUUGCAACGUGUUCGGUAAAAUGGAGAAGUCUGUGUAAACACAGAUUUGCAAAAAUAGCAAUUAAAAUAUAGAAUUAUUGGCCAGUAAAUUUGCUUUUUGUCUAAAGUUGCCCAACUGUGGAAGUCUCUUUUAAAAAAAUAAAAUAAUCUGUUCAAACACCCAGUUCUUUACAAUAGAAAAUGCAGGUUGUGCAAGGUUCUGUUCAUUUUGGCAUAUCAGCUCGUCAGUUUUCCAUUGGAGGGGUGGAUAGUGCCAGAUUUGAAGAAGGUUUUUGAAAUUCUGUCGUCACGUGGUAAAUUAACAACAUGGUUAGUGCUGCUGUGCCAGGCAAGUGAAGUGACAUAUUGCAAGAUUUCAUUAAGUGAUAGGAAGGCUAUUAGAAGGAAGACAGUUUAUCCUUUUGAUGUCAGAUAACUUCACUGAAUGUUGGCUUCAUUGGGCUGUUCUGUUUUGUGGACCUUAAUAUAACCCUUUCCACCCUGGUUGUAGGUUUUACUGUGUUUUGGACACAGUUUGUGUUAGAGGAAAGUGUACUCAUUUCUCCAAGUGAAGCUUUGCAGCGUUGAUUCUGGCUUUAAGAGUUUACCUGAAGAUAAGUGCUGCUCCUUAAAAUAUUACAUUUCAGCUCAGUUCUGCAGACGGUAACAAUUUUAACUGUAUAGCCUCUGGGUACAGUAACUGUACUGAUAAAAACCAAACUUCUCUUACUGACAUUCACUUAGCAGGGUUCUCCCAUAUGAUUAGCAGUACUGACGUACAAUAAUUUGUUUCACAUGUCAGGUGAUAAAAUGAGUAUUGGGCUCACAGGGUAUAGAUUCAUUUGACAGAGAUUCUUAUUUCCCUUGCUGUGAACAGUUAGGCGUUCCCACAUGGACUGCUCAUGGAUAAAUAGCAUUGGCGUUCUGUGUGGGAAAGCGUUGACUGCUCAAUGCCACAGGGUUAUGGGGUUGGUUGGCAUAGCUAUGAGUGUUGUCUAUCAGGCAUUACUUUAAAGGUUUCACUGUAAUAUGCACUCACUGGCUAUGUCUAUACAUGGAGCUGGGGGCGUGAUUCUCAGUGUGAGGUGACAAACUUGUUCUAGCUCUCAUCAAGCUAGUGCACUAAAAAUAGUAGUGUAGCACUGAUUGUAUGAGUAGCAGCAUGGGCUGGUUGCCCAGAGUACAGACUUACUGGGCCCUAGCGGUGCGUACUGUUUUUCACAUGCUAGCUCAAUGACAGCGAGCAUGAGUAUGCCUACUUGAGCUGGGAAUCCUUGCCUCCCAUCUCCAUGUGUAGAGAUGGUCUUAAUGUGUCUCUCUUCAGUUAUGGGCCAAUAUGGCCGUUAACAUGUCUUCAGAUAAUGGUAAAUCAUGUGGCAUAGUGUGCACCUUGAAGAUUAUUACUAAUCAACACAUGUUUAGGUAUAAGGCUACUGGAAGCCGUGGUGUGUAUAUAUAAAUGUUACAUGUGUAUAAUACUGUGUACUUAAAUAAAGAGAAUAUUUGUGCUACUUGGAAUUCCUUUUUGGAAUAAAGGGGGUUGUUUUUUAACAGACCAUUCCAGUGGUUUGGAAUUCUCUUAUACAUUUAUGUCUCACACACACACUCUUCCUCUUUCUGAGAUGCUGUUAACUGCUCCCUUCUGUUUUGGUGCUACCAUUGCUUUAUGCAAGAAAUAGAAUGUGUUCUAACUAUGAAGACAAUGCCUAUUUUUAAAAGAAAAAGGGGGGUUUAUCUCAAGAAUGAAACAGAUUUGAAACAUUGCACAAAAUAGAUUGUUGGUGGAUGACAAAUGCGUUGGUAAAAGCUUUUUUAUUUUUACUUUUUAACCAUCUUGACCGUGUGUGCCUAUUUGUAUUGCGGAUGUGGGCUGCAACUGUUUGGGGUGAGAGGGAGUUGAUGUGUGUUAGUAUGGUUUGAAAUGUAAUGCUAACUAGAAGCAGUGGCCCCUCCCCCUCUUCUUUUUCCAAACAAACUGUUCUUGCCAAAAUUUUCUACCUGUCACAACUUUUGCUUUUUUUCCAGCACAGUAAAAUAUCAUGUCCCCCUAUUACUUCCCUCUGCUAGCCACCUGUAAUCUCUCUAGAAUGGUAUAGAAUAUACAUAAAGUCAUCAGAUCUUUCCUUUGGCUUUAAAAAAAAAAAAAUCAAGUUGGGUAUAUUGUAAACCUACCUUAAUCAUUUGAAGACUAAAUUUUGUUUUGAAAUGCAUGUAAUGUACUAUUUAACCUUUUUUUUUAAUACUUGCAUUAUUUUAGUUUUUUCCAAAACGUCUGUGAAAAUGAAUGGAGGUUGCAGUGCAGGUCUAAAUCUGAAAGGACAUAGGACCAGAUGAUAUCUUGAGGGAAUACUAAACAUGACUGCCAAACCUUUGUCAGAGAGAAUGUGAUUUUACUUUCAGACUUCUCUAACUUUUUAUUUAGUGCUAUUCAAUGACAAAUAGCUGGAAUUAUAAAACAGUUUAUAUAAAAUUGAAAUGUGCAUAAAUUGGCAAUUUACAUCAUUUCUCCACAGACUAAUAAAAUGCUAUGGGGGUAUGGUGAUGGUAUCAGAGGUUUUUGGCACUAUUUAUGCACGUGCUGAGUACCCAGUUAUGUAUUAUGGUGUCAGCUGAAGGCUCAGAAUAAGAAGAGGUGAACAGAAAGCAAACAAGGUUCUGAAAGUAAAAUGCUUGUGUGCAGAUUUUCAGUGGUGAAUGUUGUACCUUCAGUUAAAUCAUUUUCUUUUGCAAAAAUGUAUUAUGUCUGUGGUUGAGAUUAAAAGGGCAAGUUUUUGAUUUUGUUUAACAUUCUGUCGCUCACAAUACUUGCAUUGUGAAAUUCAGUCAUGGAACUCUUUCUGAGCCAAAACUGUCACCAGUUUUCUGUGACAGAUUCCACUCCUCUCUUUCUGCCAUUCUCUAUACUGGAAGGACUCUAUGUUGUGUUUGUUUUUACCUUUUUAAAAAAUUUUUAUUGGUUUUAGUGUCGCUUUGCUUCAGUUUGAAGUGUAACUUUCACUAAUAACUGCAAUAAAAAAAAGCUUUGCUCCAAA